CUCCAUGCGACGGCUAAUCUUGAUGUUUUUGAUUUUAGAUAUGGCAAGGGGAGGGGAGAGUUCCUCGUCAAAUUUUGAGUUUGGUUCGAUAUGGAAGAGUCGGGGUUCCGGGAAAUAGUUGUUGGGGGGUUUUGGAAUUUGGGGGUUUCGUAGUAUUCAUCUGGGAUUUUGCAGUUCGUUUGGGGGCUGUUUUGUUUGCUGCCAUGCUCUGCGACCUAGAUUGGUGUAUCUGAUGGUUCUGGUGUGACUUGAAUGGAGUCUACAAGGAGCUGGUUCCAAAAAUUGCAUCUUAGAGGAGAUAAAGUGAAGUCUGGUCAAACAAAACAAAGGGAAACCGGGAAUGGGAAGGAUUUGCAGAAGCCUCCAGUUGAUGAGGCUCCUUCCAACGUUACCAAGCAAAAAGUUGCUGCUGCAAAGCAGUAUAUUGAAAAUCAUUACAAGUCUCAGAUGAAGUCGUUACAAGACAGAAAGGAGAGGCGCUGGAGCUUGGAGAGAAAGCUUGCUGAUGCUGAUGUCUCUGAGGAAGAACAGAACAACAUCUUGAAGAGCUUGGAGAAAAAAGAAACUGAGUACAUGCGUCUACAAAGGCACAAAAUGGGGGUUGAUGAUUUUGAACUUCUGACCAUAAUUGGAAGGGGCGCAUUUGGAGAGGUGAGAUUAUGUAGGGAGAAGAGUACUGGUAAUGUAUAUGCAAUGAAGAAAUUGAAAAAAUCUGAGAUGCUUAGAAGGGGACAGGUGGAGCAUGUUAAAGCCGAAAGAAAUCUUCUUGCGGAGGUUGAUAGCGCCUGUAUUGUAAAACUCUACUGUUCUUUCCAAGAUGAAGAAUAUUUGUAUCUUAUAAUGGAAUAUCUUCCUGGAGGUGACAUGAUGACUUUACUAAUGCGCAAGGACACAUUAACAGAAGAUGAGGCGAUGUUCUAUGUUGCAGAGACCGUAUUGGCCAUUGAAUCUAUACAUAAACAUAAUUAUAUCCAUAGGGAUAUUAAACCAGAUAACUUAUUGUUGGAUCGAAAUGGCCAUAUGAAGCUCUCUGAUUUUGGUUUGUGCAAACCUUUGGAUAGUAGUAGCUUUCCAAACCUUACCGAGCCUGAUCAUGGAGUGGGUGUCAAGGCUCCGUUAGAUGGUCAUAAGAAUUUGAGCACUUCUGUUGCACCCAAGCGUACACAACAGGAACAGUUAUUACAUUGGCAAAAGAAUAGAAGGACGCUGGCCUAUUCAACUGUUGGAACACCUGAUUACAUUGCACCUGAAGUUCUACUGAAGAAAGGAUAUGGCAUGGAGUGUGAUUGGUGGUCUCUUGGGGCAAUCAUGUAUGAAAUGCUUGUCGGUUACCCACCAUUUUACUCUGAAGAUCCAAUGUCUACCUGCAGAAAGAUUGUUAAUUGGAGGCAUUACCUAAAAUUUCCUGAUGAGGCAAAGCUUUCACCAGAAGCAAAAGAUCUCAUUAGCAAGUUGUUAUGCAACGUUGAACAGAGGCUUGGCACUCGAGGUGCCCAGGAAAUAAAGGCACACCCCUGGUUUAAAGGCAUGCCAUGGGAUAAACUCUACCAGAUGGAAGCUGCUUUCAAACCAGAGGUUAAUGAUGAGUUGGACACUCAAAAUUUUGAGAAGUUUGAGGAGACAGCAACCGCAAUGCAAACUUCAUCAAAGUCUGGACCUUGGAGAAAGAUGCUUUCAUCAAAAGAUGUCAAUUUUGUGGGUUACACAUACAAGAACUUUGAAAUUGUGAACGACCCUGACAUAUCGGGCAUAGCUGAAUUGAAGAAAAAGAACAACAAACCUAAAAGACCUUCUAUCAAGUCAUUAUUCGAGUCAGAUGCUGAAACCAUAGAAUCUGAAACUUCUUCAAAUCAAACAAAUCAUGGAAGCUUUCUGAAAAUGUUGCCUACACAUCUGGAGGUGUACGAGAGCCCUGAGCCAUCUCCUCAUUCCAGUAAGACAUCCUCUUAUCAUCCACCACCCCGACAUAGAUAGUAGAAGCAACAUUGAUAUUCUUCAACUGUUCAUAGCUAAAUUAAAAAAAGAGAAGCACUUCUUUUACUUCCAAUCUUCAGAGCAUUUUGCUUUUUAUUCAAGUUUAAACGCAUGUUGUACAUUAUUGUCAUCAUGUAUGUAUGAGCGUGACUAUUUAUAUGGGUUUUAGCACCCCUCUUUGUGUAAAUCUGUGCUGACCUGCGUCUGAAAGAUUGAAGAGAAAACUUUCAAAAUGUUAUACUGACUGAGAUUGUAAUGAAAAUUAUUAAUUCUUUUUAUUCUGAUUUGGAUAAAUGAAAUGCAGUAAACUA